CUGCAGCGGUUGUCACUCCGCCUACGUCAUGGCGCUCAUCAAAAGAAUAGUGGAGAGCUUGGGAAGCUCGGGGAGCCCGGGGAGCUCCAAGUCGAAGCUAUCGAGAGCUCAAGAACAGCUCUUCGACACCAAUCUCAACUCACUUUUUUUGUCGAGCGGUGUGUCCGAGUUCCGCCGAUUCUACAAUUUGUGCUGUUCAUCUGACUUUGGCGAGCCGAUCGUCUCGAGGUGCAUUCACGGACGGAAUCUAGUAGCUUUCUAGCUGACGAUACCUGAGCGCAAGCUGCAUGACCUUUAAAGCAGCCGCUUAUCCCCCCAGAAACCCAACUCGGAACCCCAAUUGCACUUCCACCUAGACUUCAUAAUGUUCAAGGCACAAAUUGCCCGCCAGCUCGCCCGCACAGUCAGAGUGCAAGCCCCACGAGCUGCGCUUCGUCCAGCAGCUUCUACCGUUCGACCAUUCACCAGCUCUGUGAACCGAUUCGACAAGAGCGUUGAGGAGGAUCAUGACGCUGCGUCCUCAUCUGCGGCCGCCGGAGAAAGCGGAGACCAUGAAGGCCAAUUCGCCCGUACAAGGGAGAAUAUCGUGGUCGAAUACCCUGAGGAGAAAGACCUGCCUCCAUCACAGCCAGUCCAGGGUCGUGGAGGGUUCCACUUCAAGCGCACUCUGGCUGCCUUCUCUAUGGAGGGCAAGACUGCGAUUGUUACCGGAGGAGCUCGCGGACUCGGCCUGGUCAUGGCUCAAGCAUUGGUCACGUCGGGCGCCGAUGUUGCCAUUGUCGAUAUGAACAAGGAGGAGGCGCAGAGGUCAGCUGAGGGACUCAUUGACCUUUUCAAGCAGGAGAACGAAUCCGGCUACACCAAGCUGCCCAAGGUCACUGCGCACUACUGCGAUGUCUCCAGCCCUGACUCCGUGAACGAGUCGUUCGCUGAGAUUAUCAAAGUUCAUGGCAAAGUUGACAACCUCGUUACCUCUGCUGGGUUCACCGAAAAUUUCGAUGCGAUCUCAUACCCUCACGACCGCAUGCAGAAGCUUUGGGGUGUCAACGUUGACGGCACCUACCUCUACGCGGUCACUGUUGCAAAGCACCUCAUGGAGCGCAAGGCGCCUGGUAGCGUCGUCAUGAUCGGCAGCAUGUCUGGUUCCAUCGUGAACGUUCCUCAGCCUCAGGCUCCCUACAACGCAGCAAAGGCCGCCGUGAGGCACCUGGCUGCCAGUUUGGCAGUUGAGUGGGCUGAGCAUGGCAUUCGUGUCAACUGCAUCUCGCCCGGCUACAUGCUCACUGCUCUCACCAAGAAGAUCCUUGACGACAACCCAGAGCUCCAGAAGCAGUGGACAUCCCUCAUUCCCGUGGGUAAGAUGGGUCGCCCUGAGGAUCUUAUGGGCGCUGUCACGUUCCUCUCCAGCGACGCCAGUUUGUACGUGAACGGUGCAGACCUGCGCGUCGAUGGCGCAUACACCUGCACUUAGUCAGGUAGCGCAUACCCAAAAGUUGUUGUAUGAUCAGCCAAUGUAGAAAGCGGCAUUAGCGAUAAAUAUUGUUGUUACAACCACAUGCAUGAACUGGGC